AUGGAAAAAAAAAAAAUUUAUUUAUAGUAAUAAUCAACAAUCAAUUUUGAAAUCAAUAUUUAGUUUAAAAAGAAUAAUAAAUUUUAGAGUAAAUAGAGAAAUAAUCGAUUGAAUGACCAAAAUAAUCAAUGA